UCUUGUUUCCUCACAAAGACCUUUGAAAAAUGCCGAGGACAGAGGAAGUUUCCUUUGAAUAAUUUCAGCUUUUUUCAACAAUGAAAAUUCAAACUAGCUAGCAUCAACGACUCUAUACUUGUUUUUGCAUUAUCUCUGUCCUCUCACUAAUUCUCUUAUAAACCUCAAUAUUACCUCUUCAAUACAAUGUUUUAAGCUUUUUGUGUUUGGUGGCUAUAGUCCAAAAACCACGACCAUGAUGAGGAUUUGUGUUUUCGGGUUUUUCUUGUUGUUCUUCGUUCAUUCUCCAGUUUCCGCCGGUUUCUAUCCCAACUCCUCAGCCAUUCCGCUGGAGAUCAUCCGUAACGCCACCGGAAACCUCUGGAACUCUUUCUUAAAUUUCACCGGAUGUCAUGUCGGCGAGACAUACGAUGGUCUCUACAAGCUUAAACAGUACUUCCAACAUUUUGGCUACAUCCCCGAAACUCUCUCGGGAAACUUCACUGACGACUUCGACGAUAUCCUCAAGAACGCCGUCGAGAUCUACCAGAGAAACUUCCGGCUAAACGUCACCGGUGUACUCGACGAGCUCACUCUCAAACACGUCAUGAUCCCACGUUGCGGUAACCCUGACGUAGUCAACGGCACAUCAACUAUGCAUAGCGGUAGAAGAACCUACGAGGUCUCCUUCUCGGGGCGGAGUCAACGUUUCCAUUCCGUCAAACGCUACUCUCUUUUCCCCGCAGAGCCACGGUGGCCGAGCAAUCGCCGUGAUUUAACCUACGCGUUCGAUCCGCGAAACAAGUUGACCGAAGAGGUCAAGACCGUGUUCUCACGUGCGUUCGCUCGUUGGGCAGAGGUAACUCCCCUUACGUUCACCCGCGUGGAGAGUUUCAGAACCUCCGACAUCUUCAUCGGGUUCUACUCCGGAGAGCACGGUGACGGAGAACCGUUCGACGGUCCAUUGAGAACGUUGGCUCACGCGUUCUCGCCCCCUACCGGACACUUCCACCUCGACGCAGAAGAGAACUGGAUCAUCUCCAGAGAAGGCGGCGACGGUGUUAACUCCGUGACUGAGGCUAUUGAUCUUGAAUCGGUGGCUGUUCACGAGAUCGGACAUCUUCUAGGGUUAGGCCAUUCCUCGGUCGAAGGUUCCAUCAUGUACCCAACCAUCACGACGGGGAUGCGUAAAGUAGAAUUAACGACCAAUGACGUGGAAGGAGUCCAGUAUUUGUACGGUGAGAAUCCUAACAUCAAUGGUUCUAUUGUUCCACCUCCGUCCACUCAACAGCGAGACACUGGCGAAUCCGGUGCUGCUAGUAGAAUCGACGGUUCUAGAUUGGUUUUGACUAGUCUACUUCUCUCAACCGUUGGAUUGUUUUUGUAUUUGUUUGUCUAAUCCCCCAAAGUGAAUUGACGGACGCUAGAGAUCAUGUUCUAGAGAUGACUGAAAAGGAAGUAGAAAUUUUCUUCUAGGAGAGACCAACUGAAGUGAAGAAGACUUUGUCACUCUGUAAUUUUUGAACCAUUAGUUGUCGUCUCAUUCUUUAUUAACGUGUGGGGUGAUGCUUCAAACGAGAGAAUUGUUUUUUUUUUUGGUGGGUUUUACGGUAGAAUUCAAUUUCAUUGAAAAGAAAAGUUUCAUGAAGUCGAUCAUGAAAAAAUGGUGUUUGGUGUGACGAAGUAAAGAGAGGCUUAAGAUCUUAUUCAACUCCAGCUGUCCACAAUGCAUGCAUGCUAUGCAAUCACUAAGCCUUGUUGCCUUGAGUGAUGCUAAAUACAGCUCUUUUAGUGUUCCAGACUUGUUUGCUUCUCCUGCU